UGCGAAACAGAAGGCAAGAAGGACAAUAAUGGAGGAGAGUAGGACAAGGCAGCCCCGUAAUUCACUCUUAAUUUGCCAGCUUUUCUUCAAUUCAUAUUUGCAUUAUUGUGAAGCAGCUUCAAGGAAAGUUACUCACAACUUUGUAGGAGAUCAUUUGCUUGUUGCUGUUAAUUUUUUGACUGUGCUUGUUUCCCAAAUUUAAUAAAGACCUUCUGAGGAUAGAAAGUAUCAAUUCACUGCCUCACUGAACCAGGAUAAUUUUUAAGAUCUUGAUUUCUUAACAAAUUUUGUAAGGAGAAGUUGGUUUCCUUCUUUCACAAACUCAACCGAGACCCUGUAAGGGUAGAGCUUAUUCGCCUUACUUCAUCAGCCUUUUUCCAGAAAAAAGUUGUACUUAACAAGGAGCAAGGUGGAUUAAUUUGCAGGUUCAUCUACUUGAUCUUUGUUCUUCAUUUUUCCACAUAAUUCGAAGAAGAAACCAGAACGCGUGAUCAACAAUGGCAGGUGGGCAUACUACAAUUGCUUUCAAUGUUGAUGAGGAUGAUUACCAGACAUUUAUCCAAAGCCUAAGAUCCAUACUCUCAUACUCCACAUCACAUGAUCUCAAUGUGCUCAUGCCACAGACACAGCCUCUAAGCUGGUUAGAUAUUCGCCUAACUUCUGGUGAUUCCACAAUGAUCUUGAGAAUUGAAAAAAGAAAUCUAUACGUGCGUGGAUAUUCGAGAGAUAACGGCACAACAUUUUGGGAGUUUUCGGAUUCAUCUUUGAUUUCUAGAUCGACACCUCUUGCAUAUACUGGAAGCUAUGCAGAUGGGUACACUUUGAUUAAUGCUGCCGGUGUUACUCGUGAAACUGUUCAGCUGGGUUUUUCUAAUUUGAGUAAUGCCAUUGUUAACCUAGCAACAACAGAGAACCCGAACUCGACCCAAAACAAUGCAUUGCAGAAUUGUGCUAGAGCACUACUAGUUCUAACUCAAAUGAUUGCUGAAUCUGCUAGGUUUCAAUUAACAACCGACCACAUUGUUACAAAUUGGUACAAUUCUGCACCACUAACUUGGCAGCUGGUCGAGUUGGAACAAGGCUUUGAAAGUUUUUCUAGUGCUGUCCAACGUGCUGACUUCCCCUACUGGACAAAUAAUACGCCCUUGCCUAAUGUCCCGCACCCUAAUAGAUUCAACAUUUGGACUGUAGGUCAAGCCAUUGCCGCACUUGGGAUCUUGUUGUAUGUCCCACGAACAAGCAACCGCGUGAAACGCCAAACUGAUGUUGGUGCUAGCACUGCUCGUAAUGUGGAUACUGCUGCUGAUACAAAUGUUUCAUACGUGCGUACAUUGGUGAGCAUCGAGUAUGUACGUGUGAAUGAUAUUGAUGGUGAGGAUCCUGGUGACCUCUAUGGAACGGUGAAGGUCAAGGACUUUUGGGGCCUUCAUACGGUGUAUGAUCGAAGUUCAAGUGACUAUGAAAGCAAAGGUCCUGGUGGAUAUGCCACAUUGACAGGCCCUUCUACUGCUAUUUCAGGUGGUGAUGUGUUCAUUAUCAAAGUCAAUUUGUGGGAUCAUGAUAGCUUGUCCCCCGACGACGAGAUUGCUCAAGGCGACAUUGUGUGGGAACCAAGAAAAGAGAAUAUAACUUUCACCAACUACGACAAGCGUUUAGAGAAGGUUGUGUAUGGUGAAAAUGGCAAUGUCACGGUGGGUUACUCUGUAAUAAGACAAGCUCUCAAUGCCACUAUCGAGGUUUUGUUGAUCAGUGGGGAUAAUGAAUCGCCAGCGGAUGUGUAUGGAACAAUUAAAGCUUCCCAAGAUUUAGGGGGAUCAUCGACAUCCCUCUCAUUGUUUGAGAAAUCAUCCGAUGAAUAUGUCGAAGUGCGUCCUUAUCAGUCUAUUCCCCUAACUCGUUCGGUUGUGGUAGCGCCAGUAAGUUCUGGGUUAACAAUAACGACAGAUUUGUGGGAUUAUGAUACAGCGUCACCUGAUGACCAAAUUGCGAAGGGAAGUGCACACUUUGAUGCAAUGGUUGGAACCCAAACCAAGAGCAUAUACGGUGAAUAUGGUGAAGUGCAAGUAUCCAUCACUUGCGAGUAAUCGAGGAAGCAACACUCCCCUUGCCCAACUUUUCUCACUGGUUGGUCGGUUGGGAUACAUAGUAAAUAAAUGGAGUGGGAAAGGGAUGAAUAUUGUUAUGUUGUAAUAUAUUUUGAAUUGUUUGCAAGAGUUGUGUAACUGUUAGUGUAUGGUAUCUUGUAUCCAUUUUAUUUUGUUUAGAAAUUGGAUGUAAUGCUAAAUAUAAUAAAGUUUGCUUUUGUUUGA